GGUGGCUGCUGUCAUAGCACUUCUAUGGGCAGAAUUUGUAAUAUAGAAAUCAUUCUUUUCAAAUAAUCGGUUGAAUGAAUUAAUUUUUUGAAUUUUAUAGUAAAACUUGAAAAAAAAUGGGUAUUUUAAACUUAUCGAAGCUAAUCGCAGAUGUGGCUCCGCAUGCUGUAAAAGAAAUGGAGAUCAAGAACUAUUUUGGGCGAAAAAUCGCUGUUGAUGCGUCUAUGAGCUUGUACCAAUUUUUGAUAGCGGUUCGAAGCGAAGGCCACCAACUGACCUCAGUUGAUGGAGAAACAACCUCCCACCUCAUGGGCACAUUCUACCGUACCAUCCGUCUGGUAGAGGCCGGUAUUAAGCCAGUUUACGUGUUUGAUGGGAAGCCACCUGACAUGAAGUCUCAUCAGCUGAAUAAGAGAGCAGAGAGGAGAGAAGAGGCUGAAAAGGAGUUGCAAAAGGCUACUGAAGCAGGAGACCAAUCCUCCAUAGACAAGUUCAACCGUCGACUGGUCAAAGUGACGAAGCAGCACAAUGAGGAAGCCAAAGAUUUGCUGAAGCUGAUGGGUAUACCAGUCGUGGAUGCCCCAUGCGAAGCAGAGGCACAGUGUGCUGCUUUGGUGAAAGCUGGCAAAGUGUUCGCAACGGCUACAGAAGAUAUGGAUGCCUUAACAUUUGGCGCUGACGUGCUUCUACGUCAUCUGACCUUCUCAGAGGCAAGGAAGAUGCCUGUCCUGGAGAUCCAUCUUGAUAAGGUGUUGCAGGGGCUGGAACUUAAACAUAAAGAGUUUGUGGACCUCUGCAUUCUUCUUGGUUGUGACUACUGCGGCUCUAUCCGCGGCAUAGGUCCCAAAAGAGCCAUAGAAUUAAUUAGGCAACAUCGCUGCAUCGAAGAAGUGCUCAAAAACAUUGAUGUAAGCAAGUAUCCACCGCCUGAGAACUGGGAAUAUGAGAAUGCUAGGCGGUUGUUCUUUGAACCUGAGGUUGCUGACGCUAAGGAUAUUGAGUUGAAAUGGUCUGAUCCCGACGAAGAAGGCUUAGUGAAAUUCCUAUGUGGAGAUAAGCAGUUCAACGAGGAACGCGUGCGCAAUGGAGCUAAAAAGCUACUGAAAGCUAGAAGUGGUACCACACAGGGUCGUCUUGAUGGAUUCUUCAAGGUAACAACAACUCCUAAUCCCAAACGAAAAGCUGAGGAAGAAAAAAACAAGGCAGCCAACAAAAAGGCAAAAACAGGUGGUGGCAGAGGCCGGAAACCAAAAUAAAAACAUAGUUUUUAAAAUAAUAAGUAUUACUAAUUUGGAGACAUUUACAGUACAAGUAAAAAUUCCAAAAAUUUUUCCACAAGUAAAUACACAUAGGCUAGCUCCCUUUAAUGGUGGCGUCUCCAAUAAGGUAUUUUUUAAUAUUUGUUAAUUGCUUCUAAAAGAAUAAGGUAUUACUGUGUAACUCAGAUAUUAUGUAAAUGAUAAUGUAAGCGAUGAUUUCAAAGUUCUUUCCACAUGCGAAUUCAUAGUUUCUUUUCAUGUUAAUGUGUUGAAUGAGAUCUUUAUUUACUUCUCGCUUGUUCUGAACCAAACAAAUGUUGCAUUUUGUGCUCGAAUUUAGUAAUCUGAUGAUGGAUCUGGUAUCUAAGUUUUAGGUA